AUGGGGGUGGGGAUAUCCUGUGGACACCUCCCUCCCCUCCUGGAAAACCUAAUUCCAGUGGACACAGCUGGAAGGUCCCCUGACAGGCCUUCCGGGACCCCUUGUGAUGAAGCCCGCAUUACGUGUAAAGGCGGCGGUGGUGUGUGCGGGGCCCCGCUGGAGCCCGUGGCUGUGUGCAGACGUCUGGGAGGCAUGCAGCAGUGCACAGGAGCAGACCCACCCCGCUCUGGUCCCCGAGGGCUCAGGGUGCGAGACCCCAUCCCCCCUCCUUUUGAACGUGCCUCCCGUUCUCUCCCAGCCACCCGUACUCUGGGAUGCCAUCUCUUGGCUUCAGUUAUUUCCCAAGAAUUUCCAAAGAGGUCCCUGACAUGA